AACAUGGAGUAACGGGGAGAUGGGGCUCGUCCGGGGCCAUCCGCACCGACACACGCCACAGCACCAUUUUACCGCAUUCCAGCCCGGUUCGGCCUGAGAGGAGGAGGAGGAGGGGAGCGAAGCGGCAGAAACAGCGGAUGCGCCUCUCAGAGAUGCGCUUCAGCGGCUGAGGAAGCAGGAGUGGGCGAAGCGGAGGAGGAGGAGGAGGAGGAGACGCUGGAUCCGGGGACAACAUCCACCGGGACUAAACCACCGGACGGAGAGCGGAACGGAGCCGGCGAAGAAGCAUGAAGACGCCGCUGUGUGCAGCCGCGGCGGGAGCUCGGCGGUACCGGAGGUGAAAGGGCAAAAAAUGAGCGAGGACACGCACCCAGACGAUGACAGCUACAUUGUGCGCGUGAAAGCCGUGGUGAUGACCAGAGACGAGUCGAGUGGUGGCUGGUUGGCGCAGGAUGGCUGCCUGAGCAGAGUGGGCGUGUGCAGGCUGUUGCCGGCCGGACUACUGGGACGCAGCGCUUUCCUGAUUCAUGGAGAACGUGUUAGAGACAGACAGGUGAUCCUGGAGUGCUUCCUGAAGAAGGAUCUGGUCUAUACGAAGGCAACGCCCACAUUCCACCACUGGAAGGUGGACAACAAGAAAUGUGGCCUGACCUUCCAGAGCCCCGCUGAUGCCCGAGCGUUCGACCGAGGGGUGAGGAAGGCCCUGGAGGACCUGACAGAAGGCUCCACCACGUCUUCAUCAACGCUGCAGAACGAGGCAGAGCUUGGAGAUGAUGACGUCUUCACGACUGCCACCGACAGCUCGUCCAACUCGUCCCAGAGGAGAGAGCCAGCGAUGCUCAGCUUCCACGACCCCCGACGGCACCACUGCAUCUUGGGACAUUUUUAUGAGCAGCACCGUCCGUCCGACCAUCACUACUUGGACCAGGCGAUGCACAUGUUUCCACGUGGUGUCAGCUUCCAGGUGGAGGAGGAGGAGGUCGUCCGCAUCAACCCCCGAGAGCGAGCGUGGCUGAGCGGCUACGAGGACUAUCGUCACGCCACCGCCACGCGAGCCAAACGGGCCCAAAGUCCUGAUGCCUACGUCCACUUCACCAAGAGCGAGACGGCUAAGCUCAACUACACGUACCCGUACCCGCUGAGUGGCCAGGUGGAGCUGGUGGUGACGGUGCAGCCGCGGCAUGUGCAGGCUAAAGGCAAGCGGCGGCAGCAGGACGGUGGGCGCCUGCGCUGCGUUUACUGCCAGGACAUGUUCCAGCAGGGGGAAAACGGGCCGGGCCGCUGCCAGGAGGCCCCGGACCCAGUUCAGACGUGCAUCCGGCGGGUCAGCUUCAUGUGGUGUGCGGACAGCCUGCUGUACCAUUGCAUGUCGGACCCGGAGGGCGACUAUUCGGACCCCUGCUCCUGCGACACCAGCGACGGACGCUUCUGCCUGCGCUGGACGGCGCUGCUGGGCCUGUCUCUGCUGGCGCCCUGCAUGUGCUGCUACGCCCCCCUCCGGGCCUGCUACCGCUGCGGCGUGGCCUGUCGCUGCUGCGGGGGCCGGCACAAAGCUGUGGGCUGAGGCUGACUGCAAGGAAUCAUAGGCGGAAACAUUAGGUGUGUGUCGCUGUGGUCUCGUCUCUCCAGUUCACAGGAGAGUAAGUCUGUUUUUGGCUUCCAGCUCUGAAGAAGAGUGAACAGAGUGAAUAUUCAUUUCAAUAGAAAUUAUAUAAACAGCUACCUUUAUAUUUUUACACUGAAAUCAGGGUGAAUGUUGUGUCGUUGUUUGUCCGCAGUUCUGUAGAACUGCUGUUCUGUGAAUCACUGGGCUUUUGUUUUCAGAACCAUUGCUGAGGGAACAAGUGGAUCAGUCAGUCGGGUCCUGGUUCAACCUUAAUUAAUACUGAGUGACAGGAAACCCAGGUGAACCAAAUAUUUUGGUCCAGAAUCAUUUCAGGAAAACACUCAUGUUAGUUUAUAUAGUUCAGAUUUGUCUGUCCAGUACAGAGCUGCAAUAAGGACAAGCCGUUCCUGCACCUGUGGCUGGGUCCAGUCGCAGGUUCCAGCUUUUGUUUGUAUUCAUGAGUACUUUGAACUCUUGAACAUCCAGAAACAUUUUAGGAAGGUGAGUGUUCAGUCGUGCUGUGUUUGUGUGUAAUGCGUCUGCACAGUUGUACCUCGUUGAACCAGUGCCUGCUGGUCUGCAGACUGGUCAUACUGGUCUGUCUGAUCAGAAGACAGACAGCAGGGUUUCAGGUGUUUGUGCUGAAGAUGCAGCUUGAUAGAGGUUUUGGGCAUCAAACACAAUCAUUUACUGGUUUAAGUGUUGCAUAAAGUCAUUUAAAAUGACAACAGAGAUUUUUCAGGAUAAAAGUAUGAAAUAAAAACAUUGAAAUGUUUA